AUGAUGGUGCACUGUGCCGGCUGCGAACGGCCCAUCCUCGACCGCUUUCUGCUGAACGUGCUGGACCGCGCGUGGCACAUCAAAUGCGUUCAGUGCUGCGAGUGCAAGACGAACCUCUCUGAGAAGUGCUUCUCGCGCGAGGGCAAGCUCUACUGCAAAAAUGACUUCUUCAGACGCUUUGGCACUAAGUGUGCGGGCUGUGGGCAAGGCAUCUCGCCCAGCGACCUGGUGCGAAAGGCCCGCGGCAAAGUGUUCCAUCUCAACUGCUUCACCUGCAUGGUGUGCAACAAGCAGCUGUCCACGGGCGAGGAGCUCUACGUCAUUGACGAGAACAAGUUCGUGUGCAAGGAUGACUACCUGAGCUCCUCCAGCCUCAAGGAGGGCAGCCUCAACUCAGUGUCAUCCUGUACGGACCGCAGUUUGUCCCCGGACCUCCAGGACCCUCUCCAGGACGACCCCAAGGAGACGGACAACUCGACGUCGUCGGACAAGGAGACGGCCAACAACGAGAACGAGGAGCAGAACUCGGGCACGAAGCGGCGCGGCCCGCGCACCACCAUCAAAGCCAAGCAGCUGGAGACGCUCAAGGCUGCCUUUGCCGCCACGCCCAAGCCCACGCGCCACAUCCGCGAACAGUUGGCGCAGGAGACCGGCCUCAACAUGCGCGUCAUCCAGGUGUGGUUCCAGAACCGACGGUCCAAAGAACGCAGGAUGAAACAACUGAGCGCGCUGGGCGCCCGGAGACACGCCUUCUUCCGGAGUCCGCGGCGCAUGCGUCCGCUGGGCGGCCGCUUGGACGAGUCUGAGAUGUUGGGGUCCACUCCGUACACCUACUACGGAGACUACCAAGGCGACUACUACGCGCCCGGAGGCAACUACGACUUCUUCGCGCACGGCCCGCCGUCGCAGGCGCAGUCCCCGGCCGACUCGAGCUUCCUGGCGGCGUCGGGGCCCGGCUCGACGCCGCUGGGCGCGCUGGAGCCGCCGCUCGCCGGCCCGCACGCCGCCGACAACCCCAGGUUCACCGACAUGAUCUCGCACCCGGACACGCCGAGCCCCGAGCCGGGCCUGCCCGGCGCGCUGCACCCCCUGCCCGGCGAGGUGUUCAGCGGCGGGCCCAGCCCGCCCUUCCCCAUGAGCGGCGCCAGCGGCUACAGCGGACCCCUGUCGCAUCCCAACCCCGAGCUCAACGAGGCCGCCGUGUGGUAA